AUGACCAUUACUGAAGAGGAUGACAAUAUAUACAAUGCUGUGUAUGCCUUUGCCCAUGCUCUCCAUGAUAUCCAUUUUCAACACGAUCCUCUCCUAAUGUGUAAUGUUGACACUGAACCCUGCCUACAUAGAAGGAGCACCAGUGUGUACAAGGAUGGAGAUGUGGUGAUUGGACGACUUUUCUCCCUUUUUCUUUAUUUCUACUACACAGAUGUCUUUCAACUAGAGCCUGUGAAAGACUUCUUUAUGAUCCAUCAUAUGCCCAACAGCUACCAGAAUGUUCUAGCCUUCAUAUUUGCCAUACAAAAGACCAACAAGAAUCCUCGUCUUUUACCCAACAUAUCUCUGGGAUAUGAGUUCCAUAAUUUCAUUUUUAGUCACUGGAGGAUGUUGGAGAGUUCUCUCAUUUUCCUCACUGGACAGAAUGAGAUCCCUAAUUACUCCUGUAGGAGAGACAGCAAGCCUGUAGCAGUGCUAACAGGAACAUCAUGGGCAACUUCUGCUCAAAUUGAAACCCUUCUGGAGCUCUACAAAUUUCCACAGAUUACAUUUGGCUCUUUUGAUCUUAUGCUAGGAGACAGUGGACAAUUUCCUUCUGUCUACCAGGUAGCCCCUAAGGACACAUCUCUGGCCCUUGCUGUGGUGUCCUUGAUGGUUCAUUUCAGCUGGAUCUUGGUGGAACUGGUCAUUAUGGAAGGUCAGAAGGGUCUUCAAUUUCUCUCAGAUGUCAGAGGAGAGAUGGACAGAAACAAAGUCUGUGUAGCCUUUGAGAAAAUGGUCCUGACUCCUCUUGUGUCAUAUGUAGCAUUUGCAAAGGAACACAUUAUCCUGACCAAGAAAACAUCACAAGUCAACGUGGUCAUCAUUUACUAUGACACUGAUAUUCUAAAUGAUGUAAACUAUAGUAUAGGGCAAUAUUUACUAACAGGCAAUGUCUGGGUCACAAACUCACAAUGGCAUGCUGAUAUAACUGGGAAAAAUUUCAUACUUAAUUCAUUCCAUGGAAUUCUCAUUCUUUCAAACCACCAUGAGAACUUUUCUGGUUUCAAAACUUUUGUUGAAGAGGCCAACCCCUCCAAAUACCCAGAAGACUUUUACCUCACUGUGUUUUGGUUCAAUAAUUUCCACUGCUCAUUUUCUGAUUCUGACUGCUCACUAAAGGAAUGUACACCCAGUGCCUCUGUGGCAUGGCUGCCUGUGAAUUGUUUUGACACAGCCAUGACUGACAGGAGUCACAAUGUACACAAUGUUGUGUAUGCUGUGUCCCAUGCCCUCCAUGAGAUGCUUCUUCAACAAGCACAAUGGCCACCACUGGGAAAAAAAGAAGUGAUGGUGUUUGCCCCCUGGCAGCUCCAUCCCUAUCUGAAGAACAUCCAAUUUAACAGUCCUGCUGGAGACCAAGUGAAUUUGGAUGAUGGAAGGAAACUGGAUGUAGUAUAUGACAUUCUCAAUUUUUGGAAUUUUCCAGAAGGCCUUAGACUUAAGGUCAAAUUGGGAACAUUUACCUCACAUGUUCCACGUGGACGACAAUUGUCUUUAUUUGAUGAUAUGAUCGAGUGGGCUACAGGAAUAACAGAGACUCCUCACGCUGUAUGCCAUGAGAGUUGUCAUCCUGGAUUUAGGAAAUCCCCUCAGGAGGGAAAAGCUACAUGUUGCUUUGAUUGCAAUCCUUGUCCAAAGAAUGAGAUCACCAAUGACAAUGAUAUGGAGCAGUGUAUGAAAUGCCCUGAUGAUCAGUAUGCCACAAUUCAGCAAAACCACUGCCUCCAAAAGUCUGUGACUUUCCUGGCACAUGAAGAUCCCAUGAGGAAGAUUCUGGUUGGCACUGCCCUGAGUCUCACUGUCCUCACAGCUGCUGUUCUUGAGCUCUUUGUGAAGUACAGAGACACCCCCAUUGUCAAAUCCAACAACCGGGCUCUCAGUUACACCCUGCUCAUCUCCCUCAUCUUCUGUUUUCUCUGUUCCUUACACUUCAUUGGUCAUCCCAACACAACCACCUGCCUCCUCCAGCAGACUACAUUUGGAGUUGUGUUUACUGUGGGUGUUUCCACUGUCUUGGCCAAAACUAUCACUGUGGUUCUUGCCUUUAAGGUCACUGCUCCAGGCAGAAGGAUAAGGCAGUUGCUGGUAGGGGCACCUAACUACAUCAUCCCCAUCUGCUCCCUGAUCCAACUCACUCUCUGUGGCAUCUGGAUGGGAACAAAUCCACCCUAACUUGACACAGAUGCACACUCUGAACAUGACCACUUCAGCAACAAGGGCUCCCUCACUGCCUUCUACUGUGUCCUAGGAUAUCUGGGCUCCCUGGCCCUGUUGAGCUUCACUGUGGCUUUCCUGGCCAGGAACCUGCCUGACACAUUCAAUGAAGCCAAGUUCCUGACCUUCAGCAUGCUGGUGUUCUGCAGUGUGUAGGUCACCUUCCUCCCUGUGUACCACAGCACCAAGAGGAAGGUCAUGGUGGCCAUGGAGGUCUUCUCCAUCUUGGCCUCCGGUGCACAGCUACUGGGCUGCAUCUUUGCCCCCAGGUGCUACAUUAUUUUGUUAAGAUCAGAUAGGAAUUCUCUGCAUGGGUUCAGAGAUGAAACACAUUCUGGGAAAAAGAAAUUUUAUUAG